AUGUGGGUUCUGCCGUUGAUCGGCUACCUCGGCCUUGCCCUAGGCUUCCUCUUCCUCACCCUAGCCAUCGCCUCCGGCCUCUACUACCUCUCCGAAAUCGUCGAAGAGCACACCGUCGUCGCCAAAAAGAUCCUCACCCGCAUGAUCUACGCCGUCAUCGCCGCCCAGCUCCUCCUCGCCGUCGUCGACAAGUUCCCGUGGUCCCUCAGUGCCCUGAGCAUGGGCAGCCAUCUGGUCUACAUGCAGAAUUUGAGGCGCUUCCCGAUUGUCAAGCUGACCGAUCCGGUAUUCUUGGUCAGCUGUGUGCUGGUGUUGGCGAAUCACUGGUUGUGGUUCAGACAUUUUAGCGCGCCGCCGAAGUCGACGACGGGGAGGUACAAUUACUAUGAGCAGGCGGCACAGCCGUCGUUUACGGAGGUGGCGUCGUUCUUUGGGCUGAGCGUGUGGUUGGUGCCGUUCGCAUUGUUCGUCAGCUUGAGCGCUGGCGAGAACGUGCUGCCGUCCAUGGGCUCGGAAUACGCGACAGGGCAAGGGAGCAGCUUUGUUUCGCCUGGUAGGGAGCCGGCGGCGAAUGGGUACACGGGCCGGACGAGACAUAAGAGGAGUAAUACGCAGUCGGGAAUGGCGAAGGUUGCUGUGAACAACGUCAAGGACUUCAUAGGCGAAACGGGCGAAGUGAUGGGCUUCUGGAAAGGCGAGCGGGCACGGCCGACGUAUACGUGA